AUGGCGUCCGCAUUAUUCUUCCUCGACCUGAAGGGCAAGACCCUUCUCGCCCGCAACUACAGAGGUGACAUUCCCAUGUCGGCCGUCGAAAAGUUCCCCGUCCUCCUCUCAGAAGCUGAGGAGGACUCGUCCGCCGUCCCGCCAUGCUUCUCCCACGAGGGCAUCAACUACCUCUACAUCCGCCACAACAACCUCUACCUCCUCGCCCUCACAAAACGAAACACAAACGCCGCCGAGAUCCUCCUAUUCCUCCACAAGGUCGUCGAGGUCUUUACCGAGUACUUCAAGGCUCUAGAAGAAGAGUCGAUCCGCGAUAACUUUGUCAUCAUCUACGAGCUCCUGGAUGAGAUGAUGGACUUUGGCUACCCCCAGACCACAGAGUCCAAGAUCCUCCAGGAGUACAUUACCCAAGAGUCCCACAAGCUCGAGAUCCAGGCCCGCCCGCCCAUCGCCGUCACAAACGCCGUGUCAUGGCGUUCCGAGGGUAUCCGCUACCGCAAGAACGAGGUCUUCCUCGACGUCGUCGAGUCCCUCAACCUUCUCGUUUCCGCAAACGGCAACGUGCUCCGUUCCGAGAUUCUUGGCGCCAUCAAGAUGAAGUGCUACCUAAGUGGUAUGCCCGAGCUACGUCUGGGCCUCAACGACAAGGUCAUGUUUGAAACAACGGGUCGGGCCACCCGCGGCAAGGCUAUCGAGAUGGAGGACGUCAAGUUCCACCAGUGUGUGCGUCUGUCGCGUUUCGAGAAUGACCGAACCAUCUCCUUCAUCCCUCCGGACGGCGAAUUCGAGCUCAUGUCUUACCGCCUCAACACGCAGGUUAAGCCCCUGAUCUGGGUGGAGUGUGUGGUCGAGUCUCACUCGGGCUCCCGUAUCGAGUACAUGCUCAAGGCCCGCGCCCAGUUCAAGCGCCGCAGUACCGCCAACAACGUCGAGAUUGUCGUCCCCGUCCCCGACGACGCCGAUAGCCCCCGUUUCCGUACCAACAUUGGAUCCGUCCACUAUGCGCCCGAGCAGAGCGCCAUUGUCUGGAAGAUCAAGCAGUUCGGUGGUGGCAAGGAGUUCCUCAUGCGCGCCGAGCUGGGCCUGCCAAGCGUGAGGGGUGAUGACGAGCAGGGAGGUGGCAUGAUGGGUGGUUUCGGUGGAAGCAUGGGUGGUGUUGGAGUCGGCAAGGGUGCAAAGCGACCUAUCCAGGUCAAGUUUGAGAUUCCUUACUUCACCACCAGUGGAAUCCAAGUGCGGUAUCUCAAGAUUACCGAGCCCAAGUUGCAAUAUCCCUCUCUCCCAUGGGUGCGAUACAUCACCCAAUCUGGAGAUAUUGCUGUGCGACUUCCCGAUGCCGUCUGA